AUGGCAACUGAGGUGGAUGCCUUUGUCGACGAUCCGCGUUUCAACCAGAAUUUUGAGUUGCUGUCAUCGCUUGGAAGCACUAUUAAAGUGACCUACGCGGAUUAUGGCUACCGCAACGAGGCUCAUCCGGAAGAGGAAACAGUUCUCCUCUGGUUUGGGCCGAUGAUGGCGUCGCGGCUGAUUGGCAUCCUCAGGGACAAGGCGGCUCGACAAGACAAGAUACGCAUCAUCGCCAUUGAUCGGCCAGGCAUGGGAGGCACAGAUGCCGUUCCUGGGGAGUCAAGGAUACGGAUAUGUCGAGAGGUCGUCAUUGCUUUACUCGACAAGCUGAGCAUCCAGCAUGUCUGUCUCGCUGCGCACAGCGGUGGCACCGUCUACGCACUCGACACGCUGCUGCACCACCCAGGUAUUCUUAGCCCAAGCCGACCCUACCUUGCUCUAGGGGCGCCGUGGCUCUUGCCUAAGCACACUUCUUCUACAGCUAUGGCCAUGAUCCAGCGACUGCCAACCAGCGUUGUUGGCAACACGCACCAGCUCAUGAAAGUUAUGAGACAACUCGGUGGGUCAAGCAUUGCAUCGAGCCUUGCCAGCUCGACACCGUCGCGCACGGCUGAAACCGGCGAUGAGCUUCAGAUUAUCCAGAAGAUGUGGCCCAGCAUCGUGAACAGAAUGCAUUCAGAAAACACUGAGGGUGUCUCCGCCGAAGCUCUCCUACUGUUGCAAAAGGUGGGCAAUGGCUCGGGGUGGGAUGACUGGGGUGACUACGACUUGCUUAUCCCGCGACUCGUACAGAGCCUGCGCGCCGCGAACCGCGGUCUUCGACUAGAGAUCUUCUACGCUGAGAAGGAUUGGAUGAUUGGAGACGCAGGGUCUCGCGGGCCAGCUUGGUUUGAUGGAUGUUGGACAACGCAGGCCGCGGAAGUGGUGGACCACCACAGCAGGGUUGUUGCGGGUGCAGACCAUGACACUGUCUGGGAUCUUCAGUGGGAUGCUACGCGGACGCUAUUCGAAAGCAUCCGCGCGGUCCGGUGA